AGCAUGAUGGGAUAUGCAAGUCCUCCGGCGGCGCGUUGCCGCCAUGUCACCUAGAGAGAAACAUUUAGCGCUUCUUUCUGUGUUAGGCUUAUUUACUCUCGCUUUUUAUUUUAUCCCCACUUUUCUUUACGCAACUUUAAUUCUUGCCGGUUGUUGCUCUGCUUGUUACUAUCGCUGGGGAGAACCUCUUCCCGCCAGGUUAGGCCCAAAUCCACGGGGUGGUCUUAACGUGCCUGGCGUGCUCAGACGCUGGUUGUGGGACUGGGGGGCAACCGGCGAGUCGGUCAUCGCGCGGAAGAAAACGAGGAGUAGCGGCAGCAAUAGAGCCGAGCUCCGAGAGACCGAGGGACACUUCGGACAAAGACCCAGGGAAACCGGGAUUUACCGCAGAGAAGCCUUGUCAAGUGAUUCAUUUCUGUACAGCCCCAGGGAUUUUCUCAUGGGGAGUUACAUAGGAAAACCGGAAAGUCCACCGGUCAUCCCUGGGAGGCCGAGAGCCGGGAGAAAUCCCCGGGAGCAACUGCGAGAAAGACUGUGUAGACCCAACAAUGCCGUCUAUACGCCAAACAGGAGGCUUUCAUUCACAGGGGAGCCACUGGUCCCAAAGGGCCGGUUCACCAUCACCCCACAGCGCCAUUACCCCCUGCAGCAGCCGGGGGUCUCCUCGGUGGGGUUCCUGCCUCCUGUCCGGUGGGACGGCUUCAGAAAGAAGAACAUCCUGAGCCCCCGCAAUUCCCCGGCUGCCCACAGCCCGGUCACAGUGAAGAUUGCCAGGCCUGACCACAGCAGCCCCAGUAUGGAUCAUCUGACGUGCGCAGGGCUCAGCAGGGCCCCCGAAGACCCCUGCUCCAGAGAGAGCGUUCUCAAGGUGUUAAAGGAAAGCCGCAAAAGAGACGUGGAUGACGAGGACAGGACUUUCAUAACUGGGCAGAAAAGUAAAAGAAGGCGCAAUGACAGUGGAGGAAGUGCACACUCAGCCUUUGAAUCUCUUUUGCCCAAUGGAACGCCAUCACAGCUGGUCCCUAAGCCAGGAACUUUGAAAAGAGGCAUGACGUCGGUGGCAGACGAGCAAAUUCUGAAGAGGUCCCGCACAUCCUCCAUCAGCUCUGGCUCUGCGCUCCAUUCCCCCAGAGGGACGCCUGGGACCAGGAGGAAUGCCAUCCAAAGCUCCUACAGCUCUUCAUUAGGCAUCGGCCAAUGGAAGAAACCAUCAGCACCCAGCUCUCCUUUGUCCAGCCCCGGAUCGUCUCGCUCUCAGACGCCGGAGGGAGCCGCCAAAAGAGCCAGAGAGGACGACGCCCAAUCUCCCAGCUCAGCAUCCUCAGUGAGAUCAGAUCACACAGCGUCUGACAGGGCUCCUGUUGCUUCAAAACUGACUCCAGUUCCCAAAGUCCCCGUCACCAGCUCAGCGGACUCUGCUGGUAGUGGUGGGAAGAGAAAGCGAAAAAUCCAGUUGGUGUCCAGCCACCGGGAUGAUCAAAUCUCUCUGCCCCCACCUCCCGAGCUGGGCUACACGGUUACGGCAAAAGAUCUGGACGAAGAGAAGAAGGCCGCCAUCAGCAAGAUCCAGAAAGUCCUGGAGACGCCUGCCCCAGAACCAGAGAAGUCCGUGUCUCCCCCGGCCUCCACCUCCACUCAGCCUACCCUGUCUGUGAGCUCUGCGGGCGCCACCACCCUGAGCAGCCUCCUGGCCGCUCCCCUGCCCACCCCAUCCAGCAGCGCCAUCCCGGUCAUUAACCUGGACCCCAGUCCUGCCAGCAGGGCCAGCGCUGCCCCCCCCGCCUCCAACCCUCUGCUGGAGGCUCUGAAGAUGAAAAUAACGACUACUCCCUCUGACUCCACCUCUGCUGCCACUACAGUCACAGUGUCUGCGUCUACCACUCCCGUACAAGCGGGCAGCUUAAACCUGAAGGUGUCGGCUCCAGCCCAGCCCCCCCCUCCCUACCCAUCUCAGCCCUCCUCUAGUGUGGGGCAACCCUCUGCCUUCACUCAGGUUCUGGCUCAGGUGUCCAAGGCCCCCAGCAGCACCUCUGCAGCUUCUGUAACGGGGCCGACCCUGUUCGGCAUGUCCACCCAGGCCGCCGCCCCCUCCGUUACCUCUGCCCCCCCCGCCGCCGCCGCCGCCCCGCCCGGCAGCGCCAACCCGCUCCUGGCCGCAGGCUUCAAGCCCAUAUUUCCCGCUACAACCACCACCACCUCCUCCCCGUCUGCCCCGUCUUCAGAAAGCCGUCCCGCCGUCCAGAAUUUCAAGCCCAUCUUCGGUGACCCCCCCUCUGCGGCCGCCGUCCUCCAGCCUUCCUCCAUCGCCACGGCCGCCACGCUGCCGGCGAGCACCGCGCCCUCUUUUUCCACCACAUCCGCAAGCAACGCCGCCGUCGUCCCAAAUGCUUUCUCCGGCUUCAACAGCACCACUGCCUCCACCGGCUCCACCCCCGCCACUGGCUCCACCCCCUCCACCCAGCCGGCAGCCCAGCCAUCCCUGAAGUCCCUGUUUGGAUCGUGGUCCACCCCGCCCACUAAAAGCAUCAGCUCUGCCUCCGUGCAGCCUCCCAGCACGGGCAGCACCUUCCAGUUUGGGGCUGCCGCCAGCACCACCGCUGCCCCCGCCCCCUCUACCGCCGCCGCCACCACCACCAGCACCAGCAGCACCCAGGGCACCUUCGCGUUUGGCGCCGCGCACCCCAGCCUUCCGGCCGCUAACCCCACGCCGUUCGGCUUUGGCCAGAAAGCCCCCACCCAGAACGCCGCCGCCACCACGGCGGCCUUCGGGGGCUUCGCCCUGCCCAGCAACGCCUCCACCGCGGCCGCCACCUCCACCCAGUCCACCUUCACCUUCGGGAAGUCCGCGUUCGAAGCGCCGGCCGCACAGUCCACCUUCGGCUCCUCGGCGGCGGCGCCGAAGCCGUUCGCCUUCGGAGGCAGCGGGGCGCCAUCUACACCCGCCUCCACCCCGGCCCCGGCUCCCGCCCCAGCUCCCGCCCCUUUCACUUUUGGGGCUGCGGCCGUGACUGCCGCCACCACGUUCGGGACCCCAGCUAAGCCCACGUUCGGAUCCGGCUCCGCUGGUUUCGCUUUCGGCGCCAGCCCGGCUCCUCCAGCCGCACCCAGCUUUGGCGCGGCCCAGACCCAGACUCAGAGCUCCGCCUCCACCACCACCUUCACGUUUGGCGGGGCGGCUCCGCAGCCGGCACCGCCCGCUCCCACUCAGCCCGCUCCGGCUGGGUUUAACUUCGGCGCCAGCAUGCCGUGCCCACAGUUCGGAACUCCAGUUUCCAGUAAUCCCGCUCCACAGAUGGGAAGCUUCAACUUCGGGCCCACUGCUACAGACAAACCGGCUUUUGGUGAGAACAUCAACUCCAUCGUUUGGGCAGAGUGCCGCUGCAGGUCCAAUUCCCUUUGGAAGCCCUGGAACUCCUGUCCAAGGCUUCAGUGCUGUUCCAUUUGGGUCUCCCGCGACCCCCUCCUUCUCCAUUGGAGCUGGAUCAAAGCCGUCUGGAGCUCGCCAGAGGUUGCAGGCACGCAGGCAGCACAACAGGAAGAAGUAACCAGCUCCCUGCAUCCAGCACCGCUUUCAGAGGCUAACCUGCUAGCAUCGUUCUGUCUAAAGCCCGACGUCCACCGGCUCACCUGCGCCAUCUUCCCACCCUCCAUCGAACUGCGCCCGCCCCGGAGCGUCCUGCUCGCCGGCCAGUUGGAAGGAGAACGCCAGCCUGCUGAGAUGAUGCUGCCUGGAAGAAGGCAUGGCCCCGUGAGGGACUGUAGCGGCGGGGAGAAAGAAUCCAUAACAAUAGAAAGCUGA